AUGACCCAACCGAUCCAACAACUCUCCAACCUUCAUUUCCGCUCCGACGCCUCGCAAUCCAACUCUCUCUCCUCAGCGGGUAAAGUCGGUCUUAUCCUUGGUUUAAUUGCAGGGGUCACAUUGAUCGUCCUCCUCGUCAUUUUCACCGUGUUGCGCCUGAAACGCGGGCCCGUCAUCACGCUCAGUUCGUUUCUUCCUCAUCCAAGUAGGAAGGCCGCGUCUCUCCGAAAUCUCCCGUCUGACGAUAUCGAACGCGGACUUCGCUCCAGAGCGACGGAUCGAAGCGCCUCACGGGCCACAACGACCCGGACGUCGCGAACGGCUCGAACGACGGAGAAAGACACCACCAGCGGCAGAGGUGGAGGAGGAGGUCGAGGACAGACCAGCUCGCCUGCCCAUUCUCAUUCGCAAUCCCAUCGCAAGGUAGUAGCAGGCCACCACCACCCCCAUAUCUCCUCGCUGGACAAGGAGUUAGGGCUCAAGAAGAAGAAGAGCGCGGGCGGAGGCGGCAGCAGCAACAGCGACCGCGGCUGGGUGAACGUCACGACGCGCGACUUCCACGCCGAUCCGCAUGGACCAACGCCCACGAACCCGCUGAACACCAGCCGCGGGUUGAAUCACAAUGUGACGGUGACGAUGCCGGUGUCUGCGUAUGCCCUGCCGCAUGAGCGCAUGAGGGACCCUGUUCGCGUGCCUCCACAUCCUGUCAUGGCUAGCCCGCGCGUGCCGCCCAGCCCGGCGUUUAGUCGCUUGACGACGAGCACGGCGUCUUCGGCGGCGCUGCCGUCGGCGAGGUUCAUGCCUGGGAUGCGGAAGAGUGAGGAGGGGUGA